UGCUCCAUAUUUGGCUUUUACACAUUCACACACGCAGAGCGGGGGGAGGGAGAGGGGCAUUGAGCAAGUGAGCUACUAGCUGUACUGCUGCAGACGUCGGUCUACUCUACUCACUAGUGGAGGGGAGACAGUUCCACCGUCAGUGCUGGAAAAAGGAGCCCUGGCAACAAGCGAAGGCACUGCCUUCUCACACCAUUACACCGUACAGUGCUCGUAAACGCUUUGUAGGAACAAGCGCGUUUCGUGUCGAAACCUCGCGCUGGCAGCUCGGAAGAAGAAGCUGGAUCGGGAAUGGUGACAGCGCCCGGAGACAGACAGGCGUGGACAGACAGUGCGGAAAUCUCAUACGGGCCUCUCAGACUGCUGGCGGAAGGAUCUGGAACGGGCCGGCGGCUGUGACACAGACCGGAACCUUGUCCUCGGCUGAACCGGAGUCCCACAAGCAUCCGAGGCCUGCCUGCUCCCGAGUCUCAGGCGGGGUUCGGGCCGAGAGACGCAAAGCGGCUCGCCGGGACUCUGAUGGGCAGCGGCGCGCGCCGCGACUGAGGCGGAGACCCACGGAACGGAGAGGAGCGGAGCGGGGCGGCCGUCGUUCGACCGCGCGGACGCGAAGCGCGCCGCCGGGUUUCGCUGCGCCGCGGGACUCCUGCAUGGGACCGCAUGCGCUGUCACUGGUUCCCACAGCGGGAGGUUCGUGCUCGGAGGGAGAUGAUUCCCCAUGACGACCGCAGAUCACCUUCAGACAGCAGGCGUGACCUCCCGAGCUUUGGGCUGAGCCCCGCGCCCCCCCGGCGCUGAACGCCAGACAGACCGCCACCCCCCCCCCACCUCCCCCCCUCCCCGAGCCCAGCGAGCCCAGCGGGUGGGCGGGCACCGCCAUCGAGCGCGAGACAGACACAGAGACCAGAGAGAACCAGUGAGAGCGGGAGAGAGAGAGAGAGAGAGAGAGAGAGAGAGAGAGAGAGAGAGAGAGAGAGAGGGAGAAAGGGAACCGGCCGCGGAGGAAGAGCCGAGGACGGACGGGCGCGAGCAGGGCCGGAGGAUGAAGUCCAACCAGGAGCGCAGCAACGAGUGCCUGCCGCCGAAGAAGCGGGAGAUCCCGGCGAGCGACCGGCCCGCUGAGGAGAAGCCGCAGGCCGCGGGGCCCGCCAGCGAGAGCCAGCGCGGGGAGAACCUGGCUUGGCUCGCCAGCGUGGCCGGCGGGCAGCAGCACGCGGGCACGCCUCCCGGGUCCGACGGAGCCCACUACAAGCCCUUGACCGAGUACUCUGCCCCCUCCUCCUCGUCCUCCUCCUCCUCCUCCCCCUCGUUUUCCCGGACGGUGGUGACGUGCCUCCCCCCCGCGGCCUACACCUCGGCCCUCUCGCAGCCCGGCGGGACCAUCCAGUACACCCAUCUCCCGCCCAACCUGCACUUCAUCAACUCUGCGUACGCGGGGCCGUACGCCGGCUACAUCUCCCCCCAGCUCGCCCCCCCGGCCUCCGCCUCCGCCCCGCCCGCGCGCCCCCGCCAGGAGGCCUACGCGCAGGCGUCCGCCAAGGCCGAGCAGCGGGCGCAGCUGGUCCGCUCGCCGGCGUCGGCGGCGUCGGAGGGGGCGCCCCAGUACGUCCACGUGACCGGCUCCUCCCACCUGAGCAUGGCGUCGUCGCAGGCGGCGUCCUCGCACCACGCCCACCUCCCCCUGCACCUCCACCCCCACACGGCCCUCCUCUCGCAGGGCCUGGCGCUGGGCGGGGCCUCGCAGCUCCUACUCCACUACUCGCCUCAGGACAGGCCGACCAAAAAGGAGGAGGGGCGGAGCCGGGAGGCGCUGAACGGGGAGCUGGAGGCGGGCCGGCACUACGGCCUGUCGCCGGAGAGCAUUCUGGGAAAGCAGAGCGCCGGGGCCAAGGCGGGGUCCAGCCAGCACCCCCAGCACCACCACCAUCACCACCACCAGCAGCAGCACCAACAGCAGCACCAACAGCAGCACCAACAGCAGCAGCAGCAGCAGCAUCACCACUACGAGGCCCGGCAAGUCCUGAUCCCCUCCGACCACGCACAGGAAACCUCAGGGCUCCGAACUCCUCUGAUGCUGGUGUCCAACAGCCACGGCGACCCGCGCGGCAGCCCGGACAAGCCGCCGCCCUCCGGCGACAAGGGCGGGAUCUGCCUGGGCAGGCCCGCCUCCCGGGCCUCGCCCUUCGCCUUCCCCGCCCCCCAGCCGUGCGUGACGGUCGCCGCCCUCUCCCCGCACAGCGUCAUCCAGACCACUCACAGCGCGACCGAGCAGGUCUCCGCGGGCCUGCCCUCCAACAGCUUCUACCCGCCCUCCGCCCAGCCCUCCAUCAUCGGCUACAUCGCGGGCGGGCAGCAGGCGCCGGUGGGCUACCCCGCCGGCCUGGCGCCGCAGCUGGUCAUCCCCGGCGGCCAGCCAAUGAUCAUCCCCAUGAGCGACCCCGCCCACACCACCGCCGCCGCCGCCACCCAGCAGCUGGUCACCGCCGCCGUGGCCAAAUGCGAGCCCUUCCAGGGGGCGGGGCAGUACCACGCGGCCGCCGUGGUGCAGGCGCAGCUCCACCUGCCCGCCGGCGCCAUGGCCACGCCCCCGCCCCCCUCCGCCCCCUCGCUGCCCCCCUACUUCAUGAAGGGCUCCAUCAUCCAGCUGGCGGACGGGGAGCUGAAGCGGGUGGAGGACCUGCGGACGGAGGACUUCCUGCAGAGCGCCGAGAUCAGCGGCGAGCUGAAGAUCGACUCCAGCACGGUGGAGCGCAUCGACGGAAGCCCCACGGCCAACUUCGCCAUCGUCCAGUUCGCCGUCGGGGAGCACCGAGCACAGGUCAGCGUGGAGGUGCAGGUGGAGUACCCCUUCUUCGUUUUCGGGAAGGGCUGGUCGUCCUGCUGCCCGGACAGGACCACCCAGCUGUUCGAGCUGGCCUGCUCCAAGCUGUCGGUGGGCGACGUCUGCAUCUCGCUCACCCUCAAGAGCCUGAGGAACGGCUCCAAGAAGGCCCAGACCCUGGACGCCGUGGCGGGGAACGGCGGCCUCCUCCUCAAGCCCCCGAAAGGCCGGGGGGGACACCACGGGGAGCAGGAGAACGGGCUGGGCCGACGGGCGGGGCCCAGGGGGGGCGGGGGCGGCGCGCAGGCCGAGAACGGGGAACUGAGCCUCGGGGAGAAGGCGGCGCCCUGCGGGGCCCCGCCCCCCAAGGCGGAGGCCGGCGGCGCGGGCAGGCCGGCGGGCCGCAAGCGGAGGUGGUCGGCCCCGGAGAGCCGCAAGGUGGAGAAGGUGGAGGAGGAGCCCCCCUUGACUCUGCCCAAGCCCUCCUUCCUCCCUCAGGAGGUUAAGAUUUGCAUCGAAGGCAGGUCAAGCAUAGGCAAGUGAAGACCGGGACUUUACAUUACGGAGAUUUAAAAAAAAUAAUUGAAUGACAAACAGCCCUCGCAAGGUUUAUUUUCUUUUUUUUAUUUUGUUUUUAAAUGUUUUUUUUUUUGUUUGUUUUUGUUUUCAAUACAGAUUACUGUACUGUAGGCUAAUAUUACCCAGUAUUGUCAUGUUAUCACCUUACUUUAGAGGGACAGGUAUAUAUCAGUAAGCAUAGGGAGCCAGCGCACUGCUUGACUCUGCCGGGUGAUGUAACAGAAGGGGGUGUGGUUUCUGUCUCUGAGUCCCGUAUAAAGGUGGGGGGCUGGGAAAAAACCCGUGACACGCGUGGGUUCAGGGAGCUGAAGAAAGGAGGAGCAAGCAAGAAGGCGGCCGAAAAGGAGCAGAUCCCAAAUGUCGCAGAGAGACGCCGGCAGAGGUUGCGUCAGUCACCCGCACGGUCACGUGACCGCGUACGGACAGGGAGCACGUCCUCUCGCCCCGCCUCCACCGCAAACAUCGGAAAGUCCCCCGGGGCGGUUCUGUUUGGCUGGGGCGGGACCUGCUCCUCCGCUGCUCGUUUCCACGGCAGCGGGGGCCGCAGGGUGGAGGGGGGCAGGGAGGGAA